CGCAGGGAGGCCGGAGUCCUCCGUUGCCACGGUAACCUCGGUCCGGCACAGAGCUCAAGAUGAACAGGAAGAAGCUGCAGAAACUAGCCGAGUCUCUCUGCAAGACCGCCAAGCACUUCAAUAAAUUUGAAGUGGAAUGCCUCAUAAAGCUUUUCAACCAGUUGGAAGUGGAGCCCAGCGACAGAUACGCUGGUAUUGGUUUGGAUCGCAACUCGUUUCGAAAUAUUCUUCAUGACACGUUUGGAAUGACAGACGAUAUGAUAAUGGACAGAGUGUUCCGUGCUUUUGACAAAGACAAUGACAGCUGUAUCAGCGUAACAGAAUGGGUAGAAGGCCUAUCAAUAUUUCUUCGAGGAACACUAGAAGAAAAGAUAAAAUACUGCUUUGAGGUCUAUGAUAUGAAUAGUGAUGGAUAUAUAUCACGAGAGGAAAUGUUUCAUAUGUUGAAAAACAGCCUGCUCAAACAGCCAUCGGAAGAAGAUCCCGAUGAAGGAAUUAAAGAUUUAGUAGAAAUAACACUGAAAAAAAUGGACUAUGACCAUGAUGGCAAACUUUCUUAUGCAGAUUUUGAAAAUGCUGUAAAAGAUGAAAACCUCCUUUUAGAAGCUUUUGGACCAUGUUUACCUGAUAUGAAGUGCAGGUUAGCAUUUGAAACUCAAGCAUUCCGAAAUACAGCUGAGUUAUAGCUCUGCAAGCAAAGGAUACUACUUGAAUUCCCGUGAAAAGGACAGUGAUCAUCUUUCUUUAAGUAAAAAUAAAGCAAGUCAUAAAUGUACUUUUUUCUUGUGAAUAUUCAAAAUGUGUUGAUUUCAAUAUACUUCUCACUAGAGAGAAGUGAGAAAUUAAUAGGAAAUAUUUGUAUACCUUGUGCUGAGUAUUACUUCAACGAUUCCAAAAAUAAUGGGACUACGUAUAUUCAGUAACCAAAUGACAGUAAACUGUUAAUGUAUUUAAAAAUAUGUAUAAAUAUAUACUAGUAUUU